AUGGGUCGCCUGGGUGAGUCGCGCCGGUUGUCGUCAGUCAUGCUGCGUCUCCUGUUCCCGCUGGCCGUCUUGGUGGCCGUGUUCCGUGCGGCGACUAUACCCCAGAGGAGUUUUGGGAUUGAUUAUAACUGUGAUUGCUUUGUCAAGGAUGGGAGACCUUUCCGUUACAUCUCAGGUAGCAUUCACUACUCACGCGUGCCCCGGUAUUACUGGAAAGACCGCUUGUUGAAGAUGAAGAUGGCAGGACUUGAUGCCAUUCAAACGUAUGUGCCAUGGAACUACCAUGAACCCCAGGUGGACAUGUAUGAUUUUUCUGGUGACAAAGAUCUAGAGUAUUUCCUGCAGCUUGCUAACGAUACUGGUUUGCUGGUUAUCCUGAGAGCUGGACCUUACAUCUGUGCAGAAUGGGACAUGGGAGGUCUUCCUGCAUGGCUGUUGGAGAAGAAAUCUAUUGUUCUCAGGUCUUCUGAUUCAGAUUACCUGGCAGCAGUAGAGAAAUGGAUGGGUGUCCUUUUGCCAAAGAUGAGGCCUCACCUCUAUCAAAAUGGAGGUCCAAUCAUCAUGGUGCAGGUAGAGAAUGAGUAUGGAAGCUACUUCGCUUGUGACUAUGACUAUCUGCGUUCCCUUCUGAAGCUCUUUCGACAGUAUCUUGGGGAUGAGGUGGUGCUGUUCACAACUGAUGGUGCAAGCCAGUUUCACUUGAAAUGUGGAGCUCUUCAGGGCCUUUAUGCAACAGUGGACUUUGCCCCAGGUGGCAAUGUCACAGCAGCAUUCUUAGCUCAAAGGGGCAGUGAACCUACAGGCCCUUUGGUUAAUUCUGAGUUUUAUACUGGAUGGUUGGAUCACUGGGGGCACCGUCAUUCUGUUGUGCCUGCACAAACUACAGCUAAAACACUUAAUGAAAUCCUGGCACAUGGCGCUAAUGUUAACCUGUACAUGUUUAUAGGUGGGACUAACUUUGCCUAUUGGAAUGGUGCUAAUAUGCCCUAUAUGCCACAGCCCACUAGUUAUGACUAUGAUGCUCCACUGAGUGAAGCGGGAGAUCUGACAGAAAAAUAUUUUGCCUUGAGGGAAGUCAUUGGUAUGUAUAAGCAGUUACCAGAAGGUCUUAUCCCUCCGACAACACCCAAAUUUGCAUAUGGGAAGGUUCGCUUGCAGAAGGUGGGCACUGUGGUGGAGGCUCUUGACAGGUUGUCACCUGCUGGACCAGUGAAAAGCACUUACCCGUUAACCUUUGUUCAGCUAAAGCAGUAUUUUGGGUUUGUACUGUACAGAACUACGCUUCCAAAAAACUGUACGGAGCCAACACAACUGUCUUCACCUUUAAAUGGAGUCCAUGAUCGUGCCUAUGUCUCUGUUGAUGGGGUUCCUCAAGGUGUCCUUGAAAGGGACAAAUCGCUUAUGAUAAAUAUAACUGGGAAGGCUGGAACAAACCUGGACAUCUUGGUAGAGAAUAUGGGCCGAGUCAACUUUGGUAGAUACAAUAAUGACUUUAAGGGUCUGGUUUCAAAUUUAACUCUUGAUCAAGAUAUACUUGUUGAAUGGGAAAUCUAUCCUCUAGACAUAGAUGGAGCAGUGAACCAUGACAUUAACAGUCACCUUUAUCGACCAAAGAGGUCUGUUGGCAAUCCACUGAGUUAUGAAGCACCUACUUUUUACACUGGUAGACUUUCAAUUCCUGGAGGGAUUCCAGACUUGCCUCAAGACACCUAUGUCAAGUUUCCUGGCUGGACAAAGGGGCAAAUUUGGAUCAACGGCUUUAAUCUUGGUCGCUACUGGCCAGCACGUGGUCCUCAGUUGACCCUUUAUGUUCCAAGGAAUAUACUUGUUUCAUCGGUGCCAAACAACAUAACAGUGUUGGAGCUGGAGCGUUCUCCUUGCAGCACUCAGGCGUGUGAGAUAGAAUUUGUAGACAAACCUAACAUCAAUGCAACCACACAGUAUGAAAAUUAUGCCCCCCAACUCUUUGCUAGAGACAUAUGGCUGAACCAUCUAUAAUAAUUUGAGUAUUUCCCUAUCUUCCCCCCACUUUGCUUCCCUUUCUCUCAAACCAUACUUCCCUUUUUUAAAGACUCAGUGUUAAUCAGUAAGUUGUUUAGCUGAGGCAACUUUUUAAAGACUUUCUGCCAGAGUUAAAUACUGAAAUUCUCUUAAAAAAUAAAAGCUGUAGCUUUAGAAUGUGCCAUGGACUGUGAAAUUGAACUCAACUGGAAGAUAACAUUCGCAUCAGUCUACUAAAAAUGUAGUCCUUGUAGGCUGCUUACAUUACAGGAACUCUCUUACACUUUUUUUUUUACCAUGUUUUGUAACUGGAGAGGAGCCUACAAAAGGGGUGCGGAGUCCCACUAGCUUGCUGGUUUUACUCAUGUGGACUGGUAGGUCAAAGCUGCCAAUAGACUAGACACUUUCAGCUGAUUUUAUCACCUGGUUAGUAUCAGUAUCAUUUUACAAUGAAUGGGCUCGCUGCCAACAUUGA